CAAUUGCUCACGAUCUGGGUAGCAGCAGUGGUCGGCGGCUUCCUGCUCAGCCUGACUUUCCUAGCCUGUUACUUUGCAAAUGGAAUACUGUUCCUCACGCUUGUACUGGGUGUCCUUGGUGGAAUCGGACAAGGCAUCUUGUUGAACUGCAGCAUUGUUGGUCUCGGCGACAACUUUCCAUCAUGGCGAGGCCUUGCAAUUGGGGUCGUGAUGUCCGGAGCACCCGCAUCGUCUGUUAUUUUCCCCUCACUGUUCAAGUACGUUCUGGAAGUUCACGGACUACGUGGAACUCUGCUCCUUACCGGAGCGUGUUUGUUGAAUGUUCUGGCCUUUGCACCCCUGCUUCGAAAUCCGCAGCCUAAUCGAGCGGAAGAAACGUCUCGACAGCGGGUCUCGGAUGGGAAGUCAGACCUGCUUACAGGGGCAAAAGCACAUCACGCGCACAAACGUCCCACUAUUCCCACUAUUUAUGAAAGCAAGAUUACCUUGCCAAAAGGCUGCGUGCGCAACCUUUCUUACCCUGUCACCAUCCUGAGGCAUAAACAUUCUUUCGGUGCUCCUGACGAAAAACAAAAGGAAGCCUCUAACAUUUUGAGAACUACGCCAAACAAAGACUGUCUCCGAAAUGAAGCAACAAGUUCUCGCUCGGUGGCUCACAUGAUGCCGUCACGUAAAUGGCCAACCUGUACAAACGACGCUGAGCGAAUGAAGCAAGCGAAGCUGCACGGUUUGUUAUACUCAAUCCCAGCAUUGAACCAUUGUAGUGAGACCAUGGGCGUCAUUCAAAUUGAGCUGAAGCAACAGUGGAAGACUCCCAAGCCUUCAGAUCGCAGUGUUUUCAAAUGGAACGCACUGAUUGAAAGUGUUCGUGAAGUGGCCGCAACUCCGCGAAUCUACGCAAUCGCAUACUCCUUCUACGCGUACAGUAUUGUUUUAGACACGUUCCUUAUAGUUAACGUCGACUAUGCUGUGGACAUCGGAAUUGCCGAAGGAGAUGCUGUGCACGUGAUUGCGCUCUUCUCAGUGACAGACACCCUGUGCCGCUUCCUGAUGCCCUGCCUCACAGACCGCAAGCUGCUCUCAACUUCUGCCCUCUUAGCAACAUCCAGCCUUAUCGCUUCACUUCUCGCCGGCAGUUUUACCUUUAUCACGGGAAAAGUAGGCUUCUGGGUUGUGGCGCUCGCACUGGGGCUACCAAUGGGAUACAUCAACGUCGGAAUCUCGGAAAGCGCGUCAACAGUUGCCGGAGAAGAUAACCAGCCCAUGGCUCUUGGUUUCAUGUCUACGGCGGCGGCUGUCGGCUCCUUCACGGCACCUUCGUUAAUAGGCCUAUUCCGGGACACCUGGGGCUCGUACGAUGGUCUUUUCUUUUUCAUGGCAAGCACACUGGUGGUUGAAUCUGCCUUGUUCGCUGGACUUUCAGCAAUCGACUUUCGGAAGUCCAAGCAUUUCAAAAUAUCAUCAUAGAUUUUUAUACAUUUUGGUGAAAGAGAUUUUAUUGACAUUUUCUCGCUUGUGUGUCACUGCACGUUCUGACAUUCUACUAGCUAGCGUCAAAGCCUAUGUGCACGACGCUAUAUGCCUGAUAACUUCGGAGACAUCGAACUGCCAUAUUUCGCAUAUAAUCUAGCUCUCGCACAUGACCAGCGACAACUGUAAGUUUAGACAUUUGUCCUUUACAGUUUAUUAAACACCUGCCGUGGUGGCAUAAUGCC